GCUCCCCUCCAUCUCUCUCUCCCUCUCUCUAUAUAUAUACAUUUCUCUCCCUCUCUCUCUCUCUCUCUCUGGAAUUUCUUUCAAGCCACGCCUGCCCUCCAAAAGCAGCAUCUAUCCACAGAACCCGCCCACCUACCGAAUCAAAUCCACCGCCAAGCUUCACCUUUGUUCGUCUUCAUCAUCGCCAAGCUUUCACCUUUGUUCGUCUUCAUCACCGCCGUCUAGUUCUGAACCGACGGUCAAGAGCAUCCCAAUCUUUCUCCCACUAUCACCACUUCUCCACCGAUCACCGCAGAACCCUAAUUUUUACCAACACCUCCCAUCAAAAGCCUCAUUUCUCUUAGGUUCUCCAAUCAAGAUCAGCUCGAUCUUGAAUACCCGUAAAAAAAAACCUUGAUUUUAAUUCUAAGGAACCUGAAAAAAAAAGGAGAAACUCUGAUUUGAACCAUAAAGACCCAAAAUUAAAGGUGAAAACCCUAAUUUCAGCCCUAAAAGCUUCUGAAGAGCUCGAAUUCUCUGUACCCUAAUGGCUCGAUUCAACAACGAAUCCGAAUUUCUGGAAAAUCCUAAGUCCUCAAUUUUCAAUCGAUCCUUAACCAUUCACUCAACCUCCACCGAUUUCCCCAAAAAGCCCUCCCUCGAACGAACCGGUUCAAUCAAGAAUUUCUACAAUUCUUCCUUCGCAUCGGUGAAAGGCAAGGUUAGAAAGCUCUGCACCUUAUUCGAAUCCCCCAAACCCCCAAUUUCACCUCCUCAAUUAUCAUCCCCUAAACUGUCGAAACCCACAAAAUCUAUUGAUUCCGAUUCUCGGGUUUCUGGUAUUCCGAAUGAAAAUUCAGUUCUAUUACCGGGCACAGAAGAUCGGGUUGUGGUGUAUUUUACGAGUUUACGGGGAAUUAGGAGGACCUAUGAGGACUGUUAUGCUGUGAGGAUGAUAUUGAGGGGGUUUAGGGUAAAUGUGGAUGACAGAGACAUUUCAAUGGAUUCUGCGUACAAGAAAGAGUUACAGAGUGUGUUGGGUGAGAAAAAAUUGCCUUUGCCACAAGUGUUUGUAAGGGGAAAGUAUAUAGGAGGGGGUGAUGUGGUCAAACAACUACACGAGGUAGGUGAAUUGGCUAAAAUUCUUAAAGGGUUGCCGAUUCGAGCACCUGGGUAUGUGUGUGAAGAAUGUGGGGAUGUGAGGUUUGUGCCUUGCAUGAAUUGCAGUGGGAGUAGGAAGGUUUUUGAUGAGGAUGAUGAGCAAUUGAAGCGGUGUACAGAGUGUAAUGAGAACGGUUUGAUAAGGUGCUCAACUUGUUGUUCUUGAAUGCACUGAAUGCAGGGGCGAUUAUUAUUGACUGUGGGUAUGAUGUGUAUAAUUUUACUGUUUUCAGUUGAUGGAUAUCAAAGAUUGUUACUAAGCUUAAUGUGGGUCUGUUUGUUUGUGGUUUGGAUUGAAACUCUCUUGGGCGUCAUAGGGUUACCGUUGUUUGUCAGAGGAUAUUUACUCUCUGAUCGACAUGGUGAAAUAAAUUGUAUUUUGUGAAUACAAGGCAUUACAAGUCUGUUGUGUAUAUAUUGCUUGUAAAACUUGUAUUGGGUGCUUGUUUUGUAUCCCAAAAAAACAAAAAACAAAAAACAUUGUAGCUGGAUGUUCCUUUGUCCAACUUAAUGGGAUUGUAAAUUGCUUCUUUAUACAUGCAGUAGUGUUUGCCAUACGGAUGUAGUAAUGCAACUUAUGAUUGCAAUGUUUUGCUUAUGGUAUGCAGCUUACCUUUCCAA